UCGCGUCAGACAAGCCGGAAGUGUGCGGGCUGCUGGAAAGUGAACACAAAGGAGGAAGAUGUGAGUGAGGGAGCCGGAUAAAUUGGGCCAGGAAGGAAUGAUGAUCGGAAGGAGGCCCUAUGAAGUGCUGCAUGUGGUUUAAUGAUGGAAGGGAAUGAAUCUGCAAGUACGUGUAGCAAACCGGUCGGAUUGUUCCAGCGGCAAGAGAAGGAUGUUGAGCCGUGGUUGUGGAAACUGUCAAAUUGCUUCUCUACUGUUGGUCAGGCAUUACCCACUACAGGAGGGAAACCGAAAGACUUCAUGGAGAGAAAGAAGCCUACAGUGGAGCUGAAGGAUGUCCCUCUACCUCCCCCUCCUAAAAUUCAACCUUGCACAAAUAUAUUCCCAUCAGUACCACUUUCCAAAAACCUACAAGCCCCUUUACAGUCAGGUCCCAAAGUAAGCUGCUGUGCUCUUUGUUCCAUUGGCCCCUCUUGCACACCUGAUUACCUGUGUGGUGGUGGUGGCGGCUUUAUUCUUUCAAACACCAUAUUGGACAAAAACGUUGCUGGCACAGUUACGUGUCAGAUAGCCCCAGGGCUAAAUUUCCCUACUGAAAGCCCUUUUAAGAAAAACCCUGCUACCAGCUCCUGUAGUAGCCUCACUACAGGCUUUUCCAAACUGUGUGUGGAAAAUCGUUUAUCCCCUUGUCAAAUCCAUUCUCCACAACCAGUCACUUGCUGCACCAAUGCUCAUUUUAACACUUGUCAUGGUGACCUCCACAAGUUCCAGGUCCCUGUUCUUGGCAAUUCUGGUUACUUUCCUUGCACAGAGUUCACUGGUGGGACUUCCCGGCACUUACAAGAACAUAUCACACAGUCUGAUCUGCUAUCCCACUACUGCACAAGCUCCUUGCAACUAAGCACGGCACCCUCUGUCUAUUUUAAGGGCUCUCACUUCUGUGAUGCCUGCUUGGAAAAGCCUUCAAGUAAUACAGUGAUGGAUGUUAAAAAAGUGUGGCCCAAUAUUCCUCCUCCAAGCACUCAGCCUGUUCCUGUCCCCUUAUGCAAUGGCUGUGGCACGCAAGGAACUGUGAAAGAGACUGCCUUCAUACUGGCAAGUAAUUUCCGCAAAGCCUCACUAAAAUAUGGAUCCCCUGAUUUGCAAGCUGCUGGGCAGUUGCAAGAAAACUUGCCUCCUAUUGGUGUAUUUUGGGACAUUGAAAACUGCUCUGUUCCCACCGGACGCUCAGCUGUGACUGUGGUGAAGCGAAUUCGUGAGCGUUUUUUCAAAGGUCACAGGGAGGCAGAGUUUAUCUGUGUCUGUGACAUCAGUAAAGAAAACAAAGAAGUCAUUGAAGAGCUUAACAAUUGUCAGGUUACUGUUGCCCACAUCAAUGCCACAGCAAAGAAUGCUGCAGAUGACAAACUCCGGCAGAGUUUGAGAAGGUUUGCCGAUACACACACUUCUCCUGCUACUGUGGUUCUGGUUUCCACUGAUGUCAACUUUGCUUUGGAACUCAGUGAUUUGAGACAUCGACAUGGCUUCAAUAUCUUACUGGUUCACAAGAACCAGGCCUCUGAGGCUUUGCUUCAUCAUGCAAAUGAACUGAUCAGCUUUGAGGAAUUUAUUUCAGACCUGCCUCCCAGAUUACCUCUUAAAACACAACAGUGCCAUACUCUGUUAUAUGUGUACAACUUGCCAACAAACCGAGACACAAAGAGUAUCAGCAACCGUCUACGGCGCUUGUCUGAUAACUGUGGAGGGAAAGUAAUGAGCAUCUCUGGCAGCAGUGCCAUCCUCCGUUUCCUUAACCAGGAGAGUGCGGAAAGGGCACAGAAGCGCAUGGAGAACGAGGAUGUGUUUGGCAACCAAAUCACUGUGUCCUUCAUGCCUAAAAAUAAGGAAGUGACUGAAACAAAGACUUCUAAUGGCAUAUGUGGUGAUAAAACAAAGUCUCCCAAGAAGGCGAGCAAGAAUACCAAACUGUGCCUCACUUUUAAAGAUCCGCACGACCAGUCCUUAAAUGCCAAGGCUGCUUCCAACAAGGGAUCGCAAGGCUCUGGCACUAAGCACUCAAAUGUAAAAAGUCUGCAGGAGCUGUGCCAAAUCCAAUCAAAAUCAAGCAACCGAACUAAUGUGAGCCUGCAGGAUAAAGACAAGAAGAAAAAUGGAGACAGACUUGAACUUACAGUAACCCAAAGUAACUCAAACCAGGUGUUGAUGACCAAUAAAGUCACUGGCAAAGAAGAAGCUGUCCUUAAAAGCACUAAAAAACGAGAAGAUGUCUGCAUUCAAAGCCGCUCAGACUCUCCCAUGGAGAGGAAAAACGAAGAGGAGGCACAAUUUCAUGUCAGUAACCCAUCUGCUUUCAGUAAACUCUCAGGGCCGAGACAACAGAGUCCUCUGAGGGAAUCUAAAAAGUGUUGGUCUUCAAGGAGCUUGUCUCCGAGCCUCUCAAACCGUUCUUCGCCUUUUGCUGCUAAUUCAACUGAUGCUGCAGAUCUAUCUGAUCCAUUUGCAAAUGGUGCUGAUAUUCAGAUUGGUAAUCUGGACUAUAGGAUGUCAAGGAAAGAGCUCCUACAAACAUUGCGUGAUAUAUUUUCCAGGCAUGGAAAGAUAAAGCAUAUGGAGCUGAGCCCUCAUACAGACUAUCAGCUGAAAGCCACGAUUCAGAUGGAAACUCUUCAGGAAGCAAUCUGUGCUGUUAAUAACCUACAUAGAUACAAGAUCGGAAGCAAGAGAAUCCAAGUUUCUUUGGCUACAGGGGCUACUAACAAAUCCCUUUCUCUUUUAAGUUUUGCAACAAUAUCUAUUCUUCAAGAUGCUCCAGCCUGUUGCCUCCCUUUGUUUAAAUUCACAGAAAUAUAUGAAAAGAAAUUUGGACACAAGCUGAUUGUGUCAGAUUUGUACAGAUUAACAGACACUGUUACUAUCCGUGACCAAGGAAAUGGACGAUUGAUUUGUCUGUUGCCCAGCAUUCAAGCUAGGCAAAGCCCACUGGGAUCUUCACAGUCGCAUGAUGGCUCGUCCACAAACUGCAGUCCUGUGGUAUUUGAGGAACUGGAGUACCAUGAGCCUGUCUGUAGACAGCACUGUAACAAUAAAAAAUUCAGUGAGCAUGACUUUGACCCAGACUCUUACGUAAUCCCGUAUGUCAUCCAUUCUUUGAAAACGUUUGCCCCACAAGUUCACAGCCUUUUGCAGACUCAUGAGGGUACAGUUCCACUUUUGAGCUUUCCUGAUUGUUACGCUGCAGAGUUCAGUGCUCUUGUUCAAGUCCAGGAAGAACAAGGCGGGGUUCCUCUUGAGCACUUAAUAACCUGUAUUCCUGGUGUUAAUAUUGCAACUGCACAGAAUGGAAUUAAAGUUGUGAAAUGGAUACAUAACAAGCCACCUCCUCCAAAUACUGAUCCUUGGUUAUUACGGUCUAAGAGCCCAGUUGGUAAUCCUCAGUUGAUUCAAUUCAGUAGAGAAGUGAUUGAUCUUUUGAAGAGUCAACCAUCAUGUAUAAUGCCGGUAACAAAGUUUAUCCCAACAUAUCACCACCAUUUUGCAAAGCAGUGUCGUGUGUCAGACUAUGGAUAUUCUAAACUUAUGGAACUGUUGGAGGCUGUUCCUCAUGUACUUCAGAUUCUUGGCAUGGGUUCCAAGCGUUUGUUAACCCUGACUCACAGAGCACAAGUAAAGCGCUUUACCCAAGACCUCCUGAAACUCCUCAAAUCCCAGGCCAGCAAGCAGGUCAUUGUAAGAGAAUUCUUACAAGCUUACCACUGGUGCUUUUCAAGAGACUGGGAUGUAACUGAAUAUGGUGUGUGUGAGCUUUCUGACAUUGUAUCAGAGAUACCUGAUACCACUAUAUGUGUGUCUCAGCAGGAUAAUGAUUUCAUAAUUUCAAUUCCUAAAAGAGAACGUACUCCAGAAGAAAUAGAGCGGACAAAGCAGUUUUCCAAGGAAGUGGUUGACCUACUACGCCAUCAGCCCCACUUUCGGAUGCCUUUCAAUAAGUUUAUUCCGUCCUACCACCACCACUUUGGUCGCCAGUGCAAACUGACAUACUACGGGUUCACUAAACUGCUUGAUCUCUUUGAAGCCAUACCAGAUGUUUUACAAGUCUUAGAAUGUGGUGAGGAAAAGAUUUUGACCCUGACUGAAAUGGAGCGUAUUAAGGCUUUAGCAUCACAACUUGUUAAACUUCUGCGCUCUCAAAAAGACGCCUCGCUUAUGAUGCCCAACUUGCUUACUGAAUAUAGCAAGACGUUUGGCUACAGUCUGAGGCUCCACGACUAUGAUGUCAGCUCUGUGCCAGCGUUGAUGCAGAAACUCUGCCAUGUUGUUAAGAUUACAGGCCUAUCCUCCGGCAAGCAGAUCCAGCUAAUAAACAGAAAGUCAUUGCGUUUGCUAACUGCACAGCUUCUCAUCCUGCUGAUGUCCUGGGAUGACUCUUCCUACCUCACUGUAGAUCAGCUUCGCCGACUCUAUGAAGCUGUGCACGAUGUUCCUCUUAAUCCAUGUGAAUAUGGGUUUUUGUCCUUGAGUGAACUUUUAAAAAGCCUUCCAUACUUGGUUGAGGUGCAAACAAAUGAUUCUUCUGAAGAUAUUGUGAAAUUGACAUCCCUUUAUGUAUUUGCAAAGAAUGUUCGUUCCUUGCUUCAUACAUAUCAUUACCAGCAAAUAUUCCUGCAUGAAUUUCCAACGGCUUACAACAAAUAUGUUGGAGAAGUUCUGCAGCCCAAACAUUAUGGCUACAAUAACUUAGAAGAGAUAUUGGGGGCUAUUCCACAGGUUGUUUGGAUUAAAGGUCAUGGUCACAAGAGGAUUGUGGUUCUUAAAAAUGACAUGAAACUCUGUCACCAGAUGGACAAAGAACUCCUGUGCAUGGAAUCGCCAGUAGAUCUUUUGUGUGAGCCUGUCCCAUCAUGUCUUCCCUCUCCACAGCUGUACCCUGACCCAGUAGGUCAGAAGGCUGAUGACCUCAUACAGUUUGAAGAGCAUUCUCCUCUUCCAAGCUUGCUCUGUGAAACAAAUGAAAAUCUGAACUCUUUAGCAAAUGGGAUAUUAAACCUUGACCAUGAAGCAUCUACAGACUCAGAAGAAACUGCUGAGCCCAUUAUCUGCAAUUUUGCCCCAUGUGAAGCAAAGCCUGCUAAGGCAUUAUUGGAAAGUCCUAUCAGGAAACCGAACCGAAACAGAGUGAAACUGGCCGCAAACUUCUCGUUUGCGCCUGUAACAAAACUCUGAAUUUUAUGUAUGCAGCUCUGAACAAAGAGGGUACACAAUUGGUUACAUCAAAACUAAAAAUAGCAGAUGUUAAGCAGGCAAUUCCCCAUCCAGGACAUUGCUAUUAAUGGUCAUACCUUUUUAAGAGGUUUCAAAAUAUUUUUUAUUUUUGCAUUAAGGUAUGAUUUAUUCAUUCCCCCCUCCCACCCCCACUUGUUUUGUGUUUAAACAUGUUCAACAAUGCACUAUGUAAAGAAACUCACUGGCUAACAUGCAUUGCAUUUUAUUUCUUAGCCUCAUCUGUGAUGUUAAUCCCAGCCUGUCGUGUUGGUGUAAUGAAAUCGUUUACAGACAUCAUUUCAGGCAGUAUUAAUCUUUAUAGCAUGAUCUGUCUGCAAAAGCAUGUCCGUUUUAACCCCAUAGCCCAUAAUGUGGCUCACACUUUUAGGUUUUUGUGACGACAAUCCUGUAUUUGAAAGUACCGCUUUUUGUUUAGUCUUUGGUACUGCGGGAAGUGUAAACUCUCAUGCCGGAACUGUAAUUUUUCUUUUUUAUAUAUGUAACACAAAGGGUUAAAUACAAUCAUGCAGUUGUGAAUUACCCAGUUUUGCUUGUGCUGCUGUCUUGCUAUUUCAGGUGACUUGUAAGAAUGGCAAAAAUAUUUUCCUUAUAGAAAUGUGUGUGUGGGUUUGGUUGCCCAUUUAGUUUUAAAUAAAAUAUUGAGUACACUUAUUUUGCACUGAAUAAAAGUCUGACGACCUGACAGUGCUGGGUUUGGCUGGUCAAAAUAAAAAUAGCAGUUGGCAGUGUCUCGUGAGGAUAGAAAACCAGAACAGAAGUUUACUGACUAUAUAUUAAAUAAUAUGCAUUAUAAUGCAUAAAUGGAUGACAGAGCCAUAGUUAUUGUAGAUGUGGUACUCUUUGCUUCAGUAGAUGUUCAGUUUCCACAGAAAAGGAAGGUCUAUCUACAAGCAGAGUCACCAAGGUUUUUCUGCUUAACCUUGCUUUGGAUUAUAUAUAUAUUUUUUUUAAUACUAGUUUGUAAACGAGGGGGAAGGUAAUGGUGUGGUGAGAUGGCAUAUUGUCUUUUUAACUUUCUGUAAAUGUGUUUUUAUUCAAAUAGUGUUCCUUAGGGUUUUGCAUGCCUUCUUGUCAAGUUUCAAUAUGUUCAGGAUAGCUUUUGAUUAAGAGUAAGCCUGACUUGACUAGGUUCAAAAACCAGUGGGACUGCCUUAAUUUUGUCUGACUUGAUGUAUAGUGACAGAAGGCCACCUACUCCUUCUGGGAUAACCUGGCUUUUUACAAUGGGUUGUAUUAGCCAGGUAAGUGGUUUCUUGUAGAACGUACCUAGAAAACAGGUUCUACAUUUGUCUUUUUGUUGGGUUAUUUGCAAUAUGCUGGAAAGUUACAAGAUGGACUCUGGAUCCAUAGCCAUUUAAAUUAAACGAUUUUACAGAAUGGCUAUAGAAAUUUUACUUCUUGGAUUUUGCACAAGAAUUUUCCCUUUUCUUCUCUUAAGUGACCAUGUCUGGCUGAAAAUGUUGUAGCUGCUGUGUAGACACGUUAAAAUUACAAAAGGGGUUUUGUUUGUUAAUUCUACACACCUAGGCUCUAUAGUCAUCGGUCUAAAGCACUUCCUCAAACGUGGUCGUUCCCAAGUAAAAGUCCAGAAUAAUGUUUGUUUUUCUGUUUUAGAAUGCUUUUAACAAAGAUUAAGUAACCUUAUGUAUGGAUAUUUUUCUGGCAGGUGGACACACUGAUGUUAUCAUGUAAAAAGUGUGUAAUAUAGUAAUGUGUCUUUUUUUUCUUUGCUAUAGCCUGUAACUACAAGUCACCUGAAAUAUAUUUUGUAGCGUGUAUUUCAGCAAAGAAAGAUUACACAAACUCCAGCAUAGAGGUUAUACUAGCAGUGAAAGUCAGUAAAGAUUUUAUUUUUUGUCCUCUCACAAUAUAUCACUUCUAACCAGUUCAUUGAUGAGAAAUUAAAUCUGCUUGUUUUGCAGUAUGUGUGCAAACAUUCAUACCAAACUGAUGAAAUCAUUGUUCUAUUUUUAAAAAGGAAACCAUGGAUUGAUGAACGGAGGCUGAUCAAAUGUUUAUUUUCAACAAUAAAAUGUUAUUUAUUUAUGAUUUCGGUAGAUAUAAACUAGUGUUAAUGUACAUCACAUUUCAUGAAGGCGUUUGAAAUUUUUGGGGCUAAAGAUUCUGCACUUUCUUCCCCCUCCCCCUUUUCCUUCUCCCCAUUUGUUCAUUGAAGUCUCAUGCGUCUGUUUUGGGACCAAAUUAUUGUAUCAAUAAAAGUUAGUUGCAAGCAUG